AUGAAACAGACGGCAGACGAACUGCACCAAGCAGAUGAAGCCGCCCGAGGUGAUUACAGAUUAGCAAUCAAUCUGAUUGCUACACAAACAACCAUUUUGGAAAGAAAAAAAAAAAAGCAACUGAAGAAAUUAAAAGUUAACACGAAGACGAGCAACAAGUGGCUUUGGCUUCGGCAGGUUCUUGCCCCGGAACUACUAUUUGAGUUCCUUUCAGUGAGUUUGAGUUUCCGGUCGACUCAGGCUUCGAUCGCAGAUGUCUCCGGGAAGAAGAGAUUCUCGCGCUGGAAAAAUUCCGUUGCGUCGUCGGUGGGCACCGCGAGAGAUUCUCGUGCUGGGCAAAUUCCGUUACUGGGAGUCUCUUCGUCAGCUUGGUUUCGGUGCGCAGCCGGGAAAACCGCCGGGUUCUUCACCCAGCUGGGUCGCUUCAUCAAGGAGAAGGCCAAGAGCGAUGUUGAUAAGCUCUUCUCCGGAUUCUCCAAGACGCGUGAGAGUCUCUCCGUUGUAGAUGAGCUCCUCCUCUACUGGAACCUCGCCGACACCGACCGAGUUCUGGAUGAGCUCGAAGAGGCACUUUUAGUGUCUGAUUUCGGCAAGAAAAUUUCGUUCAAGAUCGUGGACAGCCUUCAGGAAGAUAUACUAGCGGGGAAGCUAAAGUCUGGAAGUGAGAUAAAGGAGGCUUUGAAGACGAGCGUGCUCCAGUUGUUGACAAGCAAGGGCAGUAAGACAGAGCUUCAGCUGGGAUUUAGAAAACCUGCAGUGAUUAUGAUUGUUGGUGUUAAUGGAGGGGGAAAGACAACGUCUCUUGGUAAUCAUUUUGAUCUUGUAUGUUCACUUGCACAUUUUCCGUUUAUGCUUUCACCUUAAAGAAAGUAGCGGAGUGUAUUCUUUUCAUCCUUAGGCUAGGUACUUUACCCAAGUUACUCAGGUUUAUUUUUUGUGUA